AAAAUAUUUAGUAUAAUAUUUAUUAAAAUCUGAAUGCAUGCCUCAUUUGAACAGGGCAAUAGGUGUUUGGCACCCUCCCAGAUCUCAGAUCUUCUCUCUGAUCUCAACCAGCAACGGCACUUCCGUCAUCCACCGUCGAGAGUUUGAUGAGUUAGCCACCAUGUCUUCCCAAAGCAAACGCAGAGAGAUGGAUUUGAUGAAACUGAUGAUGAGUGACUAUAAGGUGGAGAUGAUCAAUGAUGGUAUGCAAGAGUUCUGCGUGGAUUUUCAUGGACCGAAUGCAAAAAAAAUAUGUGAAAGACAGAGCCCGCAAAGGACUGAUGGCUACUUCUUUCCACCGACAAAUCACUUGGACUACCAAUGGUUGAACUACAACAGUUAUGGACAAUAUCAUUAUUUUUCGUCAAGUAAGUUUUUUUUUUUUUUUCUUCAUAUAAAUUUAAGUACUUCUCUUAUAAUGUAAGGCCUAUUUUUUUUUUUUAACUUAUCAUAUCUAAUUUUCUUGUAAUGAAAUGUUUUUUUUCUCAUACUUUAUGGGUGGAUAUCGAACCGUAAUAUCAACUCCCUAUUGCUGGUGUGCAUUUUAAUUUUAAUUUUUUUUAGAUUGCAGAGCAUUGGCUGGUGUGCAUUGUUUGGUAUUUACUUUCCUUUUAUAUUUGAUUUGUUUGGAGUUGUAAAGUAUAUGCUUGUAUGCAUUAUUUGAUAUUUAAUUUUCAAUUUAAAUUGUUGAGAUUGAAGAGCACUUGUUGGUAUGUUUUAUCUGGUGUUUAGUAAUUUUUAUUUUUUAUUAUAGAACGUUAACAAGUGUAUAA